AUGAAGGAAAACUACGAGGACGAUGAGGAGGCGGUGUUUCAAAUGAUGUACAGAUGCAACAGACCCACAUCCAAAUCAGAGGUGGUUGCAUACUUCAAGGGGGAGAUCGGAGGGACGGCGAUACAGGAGAUCCUGGAUUGCCUAGAAGAGAGUGGAAGGUUGAUAACCAAGACCUACGGGAAGUCGAAGAUAUAUCUUGUCAAUCAGGACUUGUUUCGGAAUGAAGAGGACACCAAGCUAGACAUGGAGAUCCAAAGGUAUGAGGAGAAGAAGAGGGCCCUUGCAGACGAGGCCAGCUCUGUUGAUGCAGAGAUCAGGGUGCUUGAUAAGAUGCUAUCGAUCGAGCAGCUGCAAGAAAGCAUCAAUUCGCUGGACGAGGUUGUUAGGAACAACUCCAAGAGGAUCGAGAGCUUCAAGAGCGGAAGGAGAGAGAUAACCAAGAAGGACAUGAGUAAUGCAAAGAAAGGCUACGAGAGGGCACACUCCAUGUGCAAGAAGAUCAGAAGGAUAUUCAAUGAAAUUAUCGAAAAGCUUUCUGAGGGUCUGGACAUGAAAAAGUCUGAGCUGUACGAGGAGAUGGGGAUUGAGGCCUGA